CCGCUAAUUGCGGAGACCGUCUAAGAGAUGUAUAGCAUCAUGACUUCAAUCAGGGAAAACCUGCUUUUUCAAUUAAGUUAAUUAAGUCACUGUCAAGAAUUUUUUUGGAGACGCUUAUGUGAAAUAGCAAGUCAUUCCAUGCGGGAGCUGUUGCUGAAUCUGGGGAAAUAAUCAAGGACCAUCGCUAUUAAACCAAUGUCAUCGCAACUGGAGUUGUCUUCUAUCCAUUGGCAGUGGAAUCAUUUGGCACUAGGAGAAGCUCUUGAACAUGCAUCUUCAUUAAUUAAGAUUGAUACCCCCGUUCAGUUCAUGCAAAUGUAAGCCGUAGACAAAGGCUCUAGAGACCAACGGUUUGAUAGAGCCGUCAAUCAUGAUCAGGUUUCGCCCAUGGGAGGGGCUACGCAGUAUACAAUCGAGUGGAUAGGCGUAGAGCUGUCAUUAUACGCUUUCUGCCAGGAAUCAUGGAUGGACCACCUGAAUUGAUGAAAGGGACAAGAGAACGCUUACGAUACAGGGCAGAAAUUAGAUUGGCGGCGGAUAGCCUUGGCAAGACCUGCUCUAGAGCAGACUUACAAAAGGCUUCUAAGGAGCUAAUAUGCAUAUGUCUGUGGAAACAUGUUGUCAAAGUCUACUCUAGAGUAGGUCUUGCCCAGGUUAUGGGAGACAUGCGGGAGAGAAUAAAACGGCGUGAGUAUGACAGAGAACGAAGACCUCGUUCUUCGACAGCAAAUUCUGACACAAGCUCGAGAUCGUCUCAGCACUCUAGAUUUGAUCCAUCUCUGCACGAACAGCUCCAGCCAGUUGGUGGUCAAGACGUAGAUUUGGAACAUCUGCAGUUGUCGCCAACUGCAACGUGUGAAACUAUUUAUACAGGUGAAAUAGUUUAUGCAGAGCUGGGGACAGCUGCUGGUACUGUAGCAACUCCAAGACAACAGGUGCUGCUGUUGCAUCAUGAGACGCGCUGUCCGGUGGCUCUGGGGUUUCCAGCUGACAACUUCCAAAUGAUAGAUUCUUUUUUAAUUGAAAUCAUUCAAAUUAUUGAUGGGGAAAUGAUUAUACAGGGAAGCAGAGGAAGAAAACUGGCAUCAAUGGAAUUAAAUGUAUUGAGACAUUAG